ACGGGAUUUACCGAAGUUCUCCGAUCUUUCUUUUAACACGCACUUGCAGAAGGAAAAGAAGCGCCAUUUUGCAAGACAGACAAGGAGACAUUUUAUUCACAAUGGCAGACCGUGGAAGAGAUGACCCUGGCAAAUUUUUUGUUGGAAACCUAAACUGGGAAACAGAUAAUGACAGUUUAUGGAACUACUUCACUAAGUUUGGUCAGCUGUCAGAUGCUGUUGUAAUCAUGGACAGACAAACCGGAAAAUCAAGAGGUUUUGGAUUUGUGACAUUCAGAGAUCCCAGAUGUGUAGACAAUGUAUUAAAUGCAGAACAUCAGCACGAAAUUGAUGGAAGACAGGUGCUCUACUAAAGGAGUAUAUGCCUGUUGCAGAGGACAGAGCAAGAGCAGUGCAUGAGGUGGAAAGCUUGCUUUAUGUAUAAGCUUAACAGCAACACCUCAAUAAAUGUACAGAGUGAUGGGUAAAGGUUGUGUUAAUUUAGAUGUGUGGACUUGACUGAAUAAAACUUGGCUGUUUACACUUCAGAAACUCUAUCGCAUUAAAGUUAACUUCCAGUUCCUGUUCAUUCUGUUUAAUUGGGAAAAAGUCUGUUGUGAUGAGACAAAUGAAGUUUGACAAAAAUAAUAUAUACAUUUUAUAGAUUAGUUAUGUUCUUAGAUAUUAAAUAAGUGAAAUAAUUAUCCCACCAUAAUACAUAAAUUUUUGUAAGUUUGCACAUUGUUAAGGUUAUGACUUGCUUCUCUGACAUUUAGGUAGGAGAAAUUAACAUUUUACAGUGAAACCUCUUAUAUAUAAGGAACAAAUUACAUAUCAAAAGAAGUGUGAUUGAAAUGUCUUGCUGCUAAAAAAUAGUUGGUAUUUUAAAGAUACCUGGCACUUGAUUAAAAAUUUCAUUUUUACAACCUUUUCAUGCUCACAACUAUAUUUCCUGUUUCAAAAAGGCAUCAGAUGAAGAUAUGCAGACAUUAGCUGUAUUUAAAACAGAUAAUUUAUAAUACGACCGCAAAAAAAAUUUUGCGUUCGUAUAUUGGUAUGACUGGCGGCGUCGUCAUCCGAAGACACAUUGGUUUUCGCACUCUAACUUUAGUUUAAGUGAAUGGAUCUCUCUGAAAUUUUACCAUAAGGUUCAAUACCACAAAAGGAAGGUGGGGAUUUGCUUUGGGGGGUUAUGGCUCAAACCGUUUAGGAAUUAGGGGCAAAAAAGGGGGAAAACAAGGUUGUCCUGGUUAAUGGACAAAUACUUUAGUACAAAACAUAAUUUAAAGCAGUGUAAGGGAGAUAAAUCAAAUACAUCAUUGAAAUUAUCUCCCUUACACUGCUUUUAAAUUAUGAAUAAAGUAAUGGUUAAUGAACAAUUAAGAUAAUUUAAAACAGUGUAAGGGAGGUAAUCCAAAUACAACGUUUUGGUUACUUCCCUUAUACUGCUUUUAAAUUAUGUUUAAAGAAAUGCAUAUUUAUAAAGGAAGACCAGUAAAAAUAUCUGCAAAUGUUGCAUCUUUUUUUUUACAAAAAAAUCCAUAUGAAAGAUUUGACACUAUAUUUUAAAUUCUAUUAUAAAAUAGAUUAAGUUAGCACUAUGGUAAAUUUAAAUGGGUAAUUAUGGUUGCAAACUCCAUUGGAAAUUUGAAUGAGAUUAUGACCAUAUCUUGAGGGAAAGAAUUUUUUUGGGGAAAAGGGGGGGGGGGGGUAAAAAGAAAUUGUGGGGGGUCAAUUUUUUCUCAUUUCAGAUUUCAGAAAUUAAAAAGAAUUAUUCUUCAAAUAUUUUUUUUUUUCAAAUUUCAAAUAUUGAAAAAUUUCAAGAAGUUAUCUUUAAUUGCACAGUAUGGCACAUUAGAUUUUUAAAAUCUUUGACCACAUUUAUUUAUUUGUUAUGCCAAAUCUAACCGUGUAUUUAGAUCUUUAAUUUUUGGUCCAGUUUUCAAAUUGGUCUACAUUAAGGUCCAAAGGGUCCAAAAUUAAACUUAGUUUGAUUUUAACAAAAAUUGAAUUCUUGGGGUUCUUUGAUAUGCUGAAUCUAACCAUGUAUUUAGAUUUUGGAUAUUGGACCAUAAUAGGUGAAUGUCCAAUUUUAAAAUUUUUAAGUUCUUAGACCACAUUCAUUCUUUGUCAGAAACCUAUGCUGUGUCAAAUAUUUAAUCACAAUCCAAAUGCAAAGCUGUAUCAAGCUUGAAUGUUGUGUCCAUACUUGCCCCAACUGUUCAGGGUUCGACCUCUGCGGUCGUAUCAAGCUGCGCCCUGCGGAGCAUUUUAUUAAGAAUUAAUUCAGUGAUAAUGGAAAUGUUUUAAAUUGGGAAAAAUUUAGUUGUCUCUAUUCAACAAUUACUGAUGUGAACUUUGCUGCAUUAAAGAAAGCGAUUGAGAUUGGAUGAAUUGUAGAUUCUCUCAACAUAAAUUUUGAAAUGAUGAUAUAUUUACAUUCAACAAUUAUUAUUUUACAAUUGUAAAGCUUUGAUAGUCUGAAACCCUGAUUAUUCUCAUUAUGGAAAACUUUUCAAGGACCAGAGACAUUAAAGUCCUAUAAGCCAAAUACUUAAAUAAAUGAUUUUAAAUUAUUUCAAAGUAUUUACACUAUCACUGAAUCGUCGAAAUCUUGAUAGCAAUCUUGAAAUUGAAAUAAGCGAAAGAUGCUAUUGGAAAUUUUCUUUUAUUCUAUAGCAGAAGCAAAUUUUUCUCUGAACAAGAUAAGAGCAAAAUAAAAUUUCAUCAAAUGUUAAAAGAUUACUUCCAUGUGGAUGUUUGUUCUACUUGAAUGAUAAAAAGGUUUCAUUGUGUAUUUUUUCAGUCAGACAAUCAAGUAAUUUUAUGAAGUUAUUUCUGUUAACAUCACUCCAAGCAAACGUUCCAAGUGUAGAGAAAUAGAGUUAUUCAUCUCAAGUCCGGAUUCUUCAUUGUUUUGUGACAUUAUUUAAUUGUCUUUCUUUUUUACUCUUUCAGGUCAGUGCCAGACCUUGCAAUAACAGAUAAACUGUAUGGUGUUGAAGUUAAAAAAAAAAACUUAAAAUGUGUAAAGACACCUAACUUGUGGUGUAUAUAAUCUC